GGAAUCAAAAGCUGCCCAUCUACGUUUCCGCCUCAAAUGCCCAAAUUUCUCAGUCCUCACUUACCUCAUCAAUUCGCCGCCGAUACAAACAAUGGCGGAAUCCGUUCCACCGAACCCUAACUUUCUUCCACCGCCGGCCGCCACGCUGGACUCUCCGCCCCCAGAUCCAGCCCCUGCCGGCGGCUCUCCGUGGCUUCCCCGGCGCCCGGGCGUACGAGUGACCACGGAGUUCGACAGCGACUCUUCCUUGUUCUUCCACAAGAUAUCCUGCAAGUUCUUCGAUAGUCUCGCCAAGCUGAAGCUGUCUUUCCAGAACAAUGAUAAGGGCGAGAUAUCGGAGCCGCAGCUGGCCCUCACCUCCAAGUAUUUGUCCCUCCACUACGAUCUUGAAGACCACAACGCUCUCGUCAAGAGCUCGUUCGAUGUUGGCCCUGCUUUGCGUUUCAGGGCUGCUCAUGACGUCAAGGCACAACAAGGAGAGGUGGCUAUGGUUGCUGAUCUUGCUGGUCCUUCCUACAAAUUUGAACUUUCAUCAGCUGUUCCAUCUGUUGGUCUGCCAAGGGCCACCUUUAAGUUUCCUCUGGGUGAAGUGUCAUUGGAAGAGAAAGAUGAGGGAGAGGAAGUGAAGAAAAUGAUGUCUAUAAAUGGAAUUGUCAAAGGUCAUCUCUUAGAUGGGGUUUGCACAGCUCAGUACAAGGAAGAAAGCUUAAAUUUAAGAUAUUUAUACAAGGAUGAGCAAAUGGCCUUCAUUCCAAGCAUUUCAUUGCCUUCAAAUGCAUUAGCAUUUGCAUUUAAGCGCCGAUUUGGACCUUCAGACAAGCUGAGCUAUUGGUACAAUUUUGAUUCAAACUUCUGGAGUACAGUGUACAAGCACAAUGUUGGCAAGGAGUACAAAUUCAAAGUUGGUUAUGAUUCCGAGGUGCAACUGGGAUGGGCAUCUCUUUGGAUUGGAGAUGAAAGCGGGAAAGCAAAGACAGCUCCGAUGAAAAUGAAAAUCCAGUUCAUGCUCCAGGUGCCGCGAGAUGAUAUCAAAUCAUCGGCCUUGAUGUUUCGCGUGAAAAAGAGGUGGGACAUCUGAAUCUGUUUGUUCGUUCGUUCGUUCGGUUGUCGUCGGAUGCCUUCUCGGCCUGCUCAAACUGUUGUAGUAAUAUCCAUCCAUUGCCCCCCUGAAACAGUAAGUUUGUAGUCUCUAUUCAUAUUAUUAUCUUCUUCUCAAAGGUGCAUAUAUACUUGCAAUAGUAGUAGCACUGGCAUCUGCCAUUUGGGCUACAAAUGGAGUGAAAACAGUGUGCCGUGGCUAUGGCUAUCUAUGGCUGUGGAAUGGUAUUUAUUGCUCAUCAUCUGUUUGCCAGAGCCCACUGGGAUGUUGAAAGUUUAUCUAAUAAGAUUCUGUUAUCUGAUCAGAA